CAGGGAAUCGAUCGAACAUUGGGCAAAAGGCCUUUGGCAAUCAGAAGCAGGUCAUUUACAAUGGUAGUAGACUAGGAGGGUGUGAUCAUUCCAAAGAGAUAACAGUACAUGUUACCCACACUGAACAACCUUGUGCUCCUUGAAGAGCUGUAACCUGAAUAAAAUAGUAAAUGAGGUGAAGUCAUUCACCAGGAAGUUUGCAAUGAGGGAUGAUACCCUGAGAUUUUGUAAACAGAGACACAAUGCAAGAUGUUUAGGAAUUCUAUUUAAAUAUAGGUUCCCCAGGAAAGCCAAACAGAGGACUUUAUAAGAUCUCUUCCGUGGCAGAACACUGGGUAUCUGGCAGAAUAAUCCUCCUAAAGGAUAUACUUCUAAUAAGUUCUAUCUUCAAUGAUUAAGAAGAUAAGUCCAAAACCUUUUCAUUGCUUGGAAUUACAAAAGCAUAUUUAUUUCAUUUUAUUAUUUUAAGAUUGUAUUUUAAUUAUAACAUUUCUCCCUUCCCUUUCUCCCUCCAAAUCUUCCCCUAAACCUCUUCCCACUCUCCCUCAAAUUCAUGGCCUCUUUUUCAUCAAUUGCUUUUGCAUGCAUAUAUGUAUUUGUAUAUAUUCUCAAGUAUAAUCUGUUGAGUCAAUUAUGUCACCUGGAUUUAUGUUUUCAGGGCUGAGCAUUUGGCACUAGACAUUCAAUCAGUAUGCUCUUCCCUGAGGAAGGACACCCCUUUCACUCCCAGAUUUACUCAGCUGCCUAUAGAUUGUUAAUUAUUUUAAAUGUUUGAAGCAGAAGAGGAAAAUAAAAUAACUGAAUAAUUUUUUGUUCAAAUAUACAUAGAUAUGAAAAUUAAACAAUAUGAAUAGCAGAAAGAAAGAUAGUCAUUGAAUUUAUAUUAUGGAUAUGGUUUUAGCAACAUGUAAUAUACAGAUCAUAAGAAAAAUAAUUGAGCUAGAAAAGAUAUCAAAUAUUUCUAAAAUGAACCAUAUAACCUAAAAACCAUGUAACAAGGCAAAAUCUACAAAGGAAAAAUAUCCUUUCAAAAAUUAUAAAAAAAUGCUCAAUUCUGGAAGCAAAUAUGAGGAAAACAUAAAGAAAUAUGAAAGGCAAAGAUGAAAAAAAUGCAUGAGUGUACAGAUAGAGGAGUGUGUGUGUAUAGGUGUGAAUGUGUGUAGGGCUGUGUGUGUAGAUGCAUGUGUAUAGUUGUGUAUGUGUGUGUGUCCAUGUGCAUGUAUGUGUCAUAUGUGUAUAUAUGUGUGUGGUGUGUAUGUUUGUUUGUAUAUGUGCAUGUAUGUAUGGUAUGUGUGUGUCUGUGUGCAUGUGUGUGUGUGCUAUGUGUAUGUGGUAUGUAUGUGUAUAUAUUUGUGUGUUGUAUGUGAUAUACAUGGGUGCUUGUGUAUGUGUGGUAUGUGUAUAUGUGUGAGUAUGCAUGUGUGUGCAUGUGUUUUUGGUUGAAGGGGCCUAUAGUAGAAGAGGGUCUUCAGUUUAUGAAGAAUAGGAAGGAGAUGGGAGAGAAGGGAAGAAGAAAAGGAUGGGAAGAGGAGGAAGAACAAACUAGGGGAAGAUAUUCUCAAAGACCUAUGACUUCCUUUCUCCAGCUAUGUCCCAUUACUAUAAGUUCCGAAAACCCCCUCAAAUAGUGCCACCAGAUGAAAAGCGAGCUUCUAAUAGCAAUCUUUGGGGGGCAACUCAUACUCAAAUCACAAAAGUUUUAUCUGAGCAUGGUGGCAUAUGACUAAAAUCUCAGAACUUGGAAGGUGGAGGCAAGAGAAUUACGAGUUCAAAGCCACACUGGCUCUCUAGUGAGUUUGAGGCCAGCCCAGGCUACAUGAGACCUUUGUCAAGAAAACAAAAUCAAAAUCUGUGGUCUUACAAAUGCCACCCAUAAGAACAUAAAAAAUUACAGGAUAUCAAGAAUUAAGCCCAAUAAAAUGAAUAGAUGACCCUAGUUCAUAAAAUAAAAACACUGUGAAAAUACAAUAUUUUCAUAUAUUUCACAUAUUUUCAAAUAUAUGAAAAAUAGUUUUAUAUAUAACUAAUAAUGUGAUAUCUCCUCACAUUACAGGUAUAUACAAUUUGAAAUUUUCAAAAUCCUAGUUUAGUCCAUUAUGAACUUAGAAAAUUGUCUUAAAAAUGGUUAGGCAGCCAAGAAAAGUUAAGAUUUUGAAAAAUAACAAGACAGAUGAGAUUGCCCAAUUACCUAGCAAUGCUUCAUACAAAUAAGUCAUACCUGAAAUACUGUAUGUCAGAGCAAACAAAACAGACAGCAAACAAAUAGCAAGCCUAGAAAUGAUUGCAUAAAUUCAACUUCAUAUAUAAUGAUUGGUUUGGGUAAACAGUGUCAAAAGUUUAAUAAUAUACUUUUAAAAUAAAAGUUCAAUAAUAAAAAGUGUUGAUAAUUUAUACAUAUAAUAAAAAGUACCCAUAUGUCAUAGCAUACUUGAAACUCAUCAUUUAGAGUAAUAAAUACAAUAAUGUGUAAAACUCAGAUGUAGAUAAGAUAAUGCUUUAUUACUUUACGCAAUAAAAUGUAUUGUCUUUGGUUUCUGGCUGUGCCUAGAACUGAACUGAUCCCAUCCCACAGCUUCCUGCUCCCAAAUCCUGUGGUGGAAAGAGUUGAACAUUCAGAAAUGCAGACCAUACUGAGAUUGCAGGACAGACUGCCACUUUUGCCCACCUUUGCCCAAAUCCCUGGCCCAAGAGGAAAAUGAAUAGUGCCUCUGGACACAGGAAUAUAGGAGCAGUCAGCGGCAGGUACCUGCGGUUCUGGUUUGCACCCAGAACUGAACUGAACUGGUCAAACAGCUCCCUGAACUCAAAUCCUAUCGGGGAGAGAACUGGACCCUCAGAAGUACAGACACUCCUGAGAAAUCAGAGGAGACCCUCUGCUCACAUUCCUGAACCAAGAGGGAAAUUCCCUACUACCAUCUGGGCCCUCUGGGCACAGGGACAUAGGAGCUGUCAGGGGCAGGACCCUUCUAGUUCCUGCCUGCAAUGAGAGCUGAAAGUCAAUUGCCAGGAGUGCCUACGCACCUGAGAGCAGAGCACCUGUUCCCAGAACUGCCGGAAAGAAAACAAGAAAACAGGUCUACAGGAGUGCUGACACACAGGCCUACAGAAUGGUCAAGCCACUGUCAGAGACAGCAAGACAAGCUAACACCAGAGACAACCUGAUGGCAAGAGGCAAGCAUAGGAACCUAAGCAACAGAAACCAAGACUACUUGACAUCAUCAGAGCCCAGUUCUCCCACAAAAGCAAAUGCUUGAUAUCCAAACACACUGGAAAAGCAAGGUUUAGAUUUAAAAUCACAUCUUAUAAUGAUGAUAGAGGACUUUAAGAAGGACAUAAACAACUCCCUUGUACAACACGAGUAACAAGUAGAAGCCCUUAAAGAGGAAACACAAAAAUUCCUUAAAGGAUUACAGGAAAACACAACCAAAAGGUGAAGGACUUGAACAAAACCAUCCAGAAUUUAAAAAUGGAAAUAGAAACAAUAAAUAAAGCACAAAGGGAGACAACCCUGGAGAUAGAAACCUAGGGAGGAGAUCAGGAGUCAUAGAUGUUGCAAGCAUCACCAACAGAAUAGGAGAGAUAGAAGAGAGAAUCUCAGGGGCAGAAGAUACCACAGAAAACAUCGACACAGCUGUCAAAGAUAAUGUACAAUACAAAAAGCUCCUAGCCCAAAACAUACAGGAAAUCCAGGACACAAUGAGAAGAUCAAAUUUAAGGAUAAUAGGUAGAGAAGAGAGUGAAGAUUCCCAACUUAAAGGGCCAGUAAAUAUCUUCAACAAAAUCAUAGAAGAAAACUUUCCUAACCUAAAGAAAGAGAUGCCCAUAAACAUACAAGAAGCCUACAGAACUCCAAAUAGAUUGGACCAGAAGAGAAAUUCCUCCUGCCACUUAAUAGUCAAAACACCAAAUGAACAAAACAAAGAAAGGAUAUUAAAAGCAGUAAGGGGAAAAUAUCAAGUAACAUAUAAAGGCAGACCUAUCAGAAUUACACCAGAAAGGAGUCAAAAUAUCACUAUUUGCAAAUGAUAUGAUAGUAUACUUAAGUGACCCCAAAAGUUCCACCACAGAACUACUAAAGCUGAUAAACACCUUCAGCAAAGUGGCUGGGUAUAAAAUUGACUCAAACAAAUCAGUAGCCUUCCUCUGCUCAAAGGAUAAACAGGCUGAGAAAGAAAUUAGGGAAGUGACACCCUCACAAUAGUCCCAAAAAUAUAAAAUACCUUGGUAUGACUUUAACCAAGCAAGUGAAAGAUCUGUAUGACAUGAACUUCAAGUCUCUGAAGAAAGAAGUUGAAGAAGAUCUCAGAAGAUGGAAAGAUCUCCCAUGCUCAUGAAUUGGCAGGAUUGAUAUAGUAAAAAUGGCCAUUUUGUCAAAAGCAAUCUACAGAUUCAAUGCGAUCCCCAUCAAAAUCCCAACUCAAUUCUUCAUAGAGAUAGAAAGAGCAAUUUGCAAAUUCUUUUGGAAUAACAAAAACCCAGGAUGGUGAAAACUGUCCUCAACAAUAAAAGAACUUCUGGGGGAAUCACUAUCCCUGAACUCAAGCUGUAUUACAGAGCAAUAGUGAUAAAAACUGUAUGGUAUUGGUACAGAGACAGGCAGAUAGACCAAUGGAAUAGAACUGAAGACCCAGAAAUGAACCCACACACCUAUACCCACUUGAUCUUUGACAAAGGAGCUAAAACCAUCCAAUGGAAAAAAGAUAGCAUUUUCAGCAAAUGGUGCUGGUUCAAGUGGAGGGCAACAUGUAGAAGAAUGCAGAUCGAUCCAUGCUUAUCACCCUGUACAAAGCUUAAGUCCAAGUGGAUCAAGGACCUCCACAACAGUCAGAUACACUCAAACUAAGAGAAGAAAAUGUGGGGAAGAGUCUCAAACUCAUGGGAACUGGAAAAAUAGAAGAAGGGAAUGAGGAGGGGAUAGGGAGCUUAUGGAUAGGAAACCGGGAAAGGGAAUAACAUUUGAAAUGUAAAUAAGGAAAUAUCCAAUAAAAAAGUCACAUUUUCAAUAUAGUGAGAAUUUAAUGUUCAAAAUAUGAGUCCCUCAGAUGAAAAAAAAAUGCAUUUUCUUUUUGUUUUUUUUCUACUUUUGUCAGUAACAUAAUUACAUCCUUUUUCCCCUUCCCAUUUCUUUCACCAAAGCCUCCCAUAAAUUACUUCUUGCACUCUUUCAAAUUUAUGGCUUCUUUUUUUAAAAUUUGGUGUUAAAUGCAUGCAUGUAUAUACAUAUAUAGCUUGCUCCUUCUGUAUAAUGGUACUUGUGUGUAUAUUUUGAGGGUCCACCAUUUUGUAUUAUAAAUCAACUGGUGUGCUUUUCCCUGGGUGAGACUGUUCUCUUCCACUGCCAGUAUUUAGUAGUUGCCUCUAGUCUUUACAUAGGCUUGAGGCCUUGUGGCUACCCCUUCCCCGCUCCACUUAGGCAUGUCUAUUGUUGAAAACGUUAUGCAGUUCAGACACAGAGCCAGAGGCCCUUGAGCUUGAACAGACCAAAAGUCUUCUCCCUGAGGACUAGCUUCGAUGAUGCCGAAAAGCAUAGUGCUAUCUUCCAAAGGUUUCAAAGUAAUCAAUAGUCCUACCCAGCUAUUCUCCUGCAAACUACGACAAUGGCCAGCAUGGAGCAUGCAAACCUCAGUGGCUCUCUAAUUAGAUUUAAGACCUGUGUAUAACCAGGGCGGAGGGGGGGUGCUGUUUUCAAACCUGAUACUGGAAACCUAGUACAUGGUUAGUGCUAGAAGUCUCAUGGAUCUUGGAGGAGAAUCUACAAUCACCACUUUACUAAACCAGCUUAAUUCCCAACUAUAUUCUAAAUAUUAGUCCUUAUUUGUCCAAAUAAAUGUAAUUCUUACCCUUCAUCAAGGAGAUAGGGACCAUUUCCGUAAACUACAACCAAUCACCAUGCAGACUUGUGGAGCUCAAUCAAUGGGUACAUGUUCUAUACAAUUCUUGUACCUAAGGCACAGGGUACACUGCAGGAGAGGGAGCAGAAGCACUGUAAGAGUCAGAGGAUCUGUGAGUUUGCUGUGAUAUUAUAUCUCCUAGCAAUGGCAGAAGCUACACCCAUAAAGUCUUGCCAACAUGGCUGUCUAAACAUGAGCUGAUCAAGAAAGCAUAAGUUUUUAAUCUGUUGAAGGGGUCAAAGAUGAGGCUGUGUGAAGAACACUUCUAUUCUUAUUAAGGACCAGCUUCGGUUCCUAGUAUUUGCAUUGCAGCUCACCACUUCCUGUUAUUCCUGUUCCAGGAAUUUGACACCCUCUCCUGACCUCUGCAGAUACUCUGAAUGUUCAUGAUGUGCAUAUUUAGCUACAUAAGGCAAAAUACUCAUGCAAAAUGUUUUAACCUGUUUAAGCGGGAGAAGAUAUUUGUAGUUGUAUGAAGAGUUCAGCUUUGGGGGCCAAGCAGAUUGAAUUUCAAAUAUUGAUAUUAGUAUAGAAUAUUUUUCUCAUGCUAAGAGAUUUCAGGGUAUUCAUGGCUGCAUGAGUCCCCACAUAAUUAAUAUCUAUUUGCACUUAUGAAAAACACAAGUUGUGGGCUGUGUGUUUAAAAUACACAAUGUAUGAUGGAGGUCUGAAGAUCAGAGCCUUUUUCUCUGGACUCCAAAUAAUCAAAUGCUGGGCCCAACUGCUCUGUCUCCAGGUUUAUGACUUACCCAGCUCCUCUCAAUUCCCUUGGACUCCACACACAUACUGUUUGUAGAGCAGCUACAAGACUUGCUACACAGUCAAAAGUAUAUGAAAGGCUUGCACAGCAUUAAAACGAGACCCAGCUCCUUGCCUCCCAAUUUGCUGGUAAGGCAAGGUGCCAAAGUAAACCCGAGCAGAGCCUGCCACCUCCCCAGAGACAUAUGUCAUGGGUUUCAUAAAGUGGAAAAUAGCAUUCGCUAUAGUCAGGAGUAUAUUAGAAAGCACUGUCUAAAUAUUUCAGAUAACUUUGAAAAGGUUCCUCUGGCCUCACUUAAAAUGUUUGCUAUAUCUCUUUUACUUUUUGCCUUCAGAGAUGACUAUAUAAACCUGCCAUUGUUAUUAAUGCAUCUCACUAUGAUUCCUUGGUGUUACUAAAUAUGGAAAAGCAGAGGGAGAGCAUCCUUAAAAGAAGAAAAGAUCAUCGCUGCUGAGGGAAGAACAGUAUUGCCCUUCCUUUUUCUUCUUUAUACUUUGGAUCUUCAUAUAGGGGUCUCUGCAAAUGUAAAGGUAAAAAGAGCUCCAUUGGAUAUCACAUACACGCACAUGCACUCACACCCACACACGCACAUGCAUGCACACGUGUGCACACACACACCAUCACUACCACCACCACCAUGGAAUAAAUGCACUAUAUUUAAGUCUUAGGACUUAAGUCUUUUUUCUUUAUAAAGAAAUCACAGCUCACGUGUAAAGUUUUCGGUGUGUAAAUAUGUUAUUUUGUUGUAAGUUGGUGCCUAACCAGUUUUUUGUUUUGUUUUGUUUUGUUUUGUUUUGUUUUUUUGUCAUUUAGUUCCUUGUCUAUGUGAUGGUUAACAUGAUUUCAGUUUAAAUUACUGUGCUUAUAAAAUCUAUAUUUUAAAAAAGCCUCUAAUCUGUAAACCCCAUUUGUCCAACCACAGAUAACUUCCUGGAGUGCUUGGGGCUUUGGUCAUUUAAGACAACAAAGAUGCCUGAUUUUGCUUCUGUAAAUAAGCUUGCUUGCCCUGAGUACACAGAAUAUGUGUGUGAUUACAAGCAGGCAGGAAGUCCAUAUCCUUGUGAGUUUUACCUCUCUGUGGAACUGAGAAACAAAAGAUGAGGGAAAAUUGAACUAUAAGGUCUCUUUGGAAGAAACAAGAAACAAAUGAAAAUGUUGAAAUUGAACAGAUUACAGAAAGGCAGAAAGGCGAUAACCUUGAGUUUUGACUGGAUAAGUCCCUCAUUAAUGUAAUUCCAGGUCAUACUCUGUGUGAGCUGUGUGUGUCAGCUAUAGAGCUAACCAGUAUCCAUUGUUCUGGCCAGUUUUAAUAAGCCUGUUAUUAAACUUUCUUCAUAGUCAGACUGGUAAAUCUCUGAACGACUUCAGAGCCAUAACAGUCUGAAAGUCAUAAACAAGCUGGAAGUUGUAAGUGUAGGCAGACUCAGAGGUUUUCUACAUGCCAGGAUCACAAAGAGACAUAUCAUUGUAUACAGACCAACAUGCCAUUUCUGUCUUCCUUGUUAACGCCAGACAUUUCUUUCCAUCUUGUUAAUAGCUGUCAUGAGUCUUAUCAGCAUUAUGUAAGCUCAAUUAUCUUUAAGACCUCUGGUUUCCAUUUCAUCUCAGUCUGACAGCCCUGUACCAUUCAGCUUCAAGAAUGACUUCCAAGUUCCCUUCCUUCCCCACCUAACCUUCUUUCCUGCUCAUUUUUUCCCGUUAUAGUUCACUGGCCUCGUCCUUCGGGCUUCUUCUUUAUUUAUUUAUUUUUUUCUCCCGGAGCUGGGGACCGAACCCAGGGCCUUGCGCUUGCUAGGCAAGCGCUCUACCACUGAGCUAAAUCCCCAGCCCCAGUCCUUCAGGCUUCUUUAAUCUGCAUGUAUCCCUGUAGCACAUUAGCUCUUCAGUUUAUAUAUUCAGAAAACCCCUCAUUGCGCCUAUUCCCGUGCUUUUCCUUUCUACAGCCUUUGGAAUAUUAUUCUUUAUUUCCAACACUGCCAAAAUCACCCCAUGAAGACUAGUAAGUGCCAGGUCAGUCUUUGCUUUUCCUCAGAAUGCCCAGUAUUUACUGUAUGGACCACGAUGGUCCUGACUGGAACUUGUAAGGCUCUUGUAAAGUUUUAGUUCAACAUUUUGGUUUUUUGUCCCAAAGAUACCUUGAAGUUUACCUUUUCCUCCUCUUCUGACUCCUAGUUCCAUGGUAACCUGUUUUAGGUUCUUCGUCUAACUUCCACAGUCUCUAACCAAAAAUAAUUGUUUACCAUCAAAACACUUCCUGAAGCUUGUGGAUCAGUCCCUUCUUUUAUAGUCCAAUAAGCAAAGAUAACCGUAGCUUAAGAUGUUGGGGAGGAGAGCAGGAUUCAAGCUGGUUUCUUUGUUGAUACACCUCUGUCAGGAAGCAGGCACUGGCAAUGUACUCCUCAGAGCCAUAAUGUCUGCACAUGGCAGCAUGAUUUCCGAUCGCUAGUCACUACAUCUUUGUCACUGACACUCUUGGGAUUUAUCUCUGGGCACAACAGGCCAGAUGUGCCUGCAUGUUGACAGCCCCUACUCACAACACCUUACAUAAUGCCUUGCUGUGGAGACAAGUGUAAAUGACUCUAAUUACUGCCUUGAUACGAUGCCUUGCACGUUAUACAUGACUUCCUAGACUGGCUAGUGGUGCCAGACUCCGUUUGCCUAUAUCAUGUUGUUGUGGGCUGUCCUGAUGAUGUUUGUAUUCUGAUGUCACUUCUGCUUCGUCAGGAGAGGUUGCCCCUGACGAGCAGUCCAUCAUACACUCAGGUGAUCUCAUGUGACCCUUCUAUUUAACUGGUCAAUAAAGGCUAGAGCCUGUGAUUGGGGAGUGGAGGGGAAAGGUGGGACUGGAGGGCUGAGAGUGGGGUGAGGUGGACGGAAGAAGGGGAUGAGAGAGAAGGAGAGAGGAUGGAAGAGGAAGAGGAAGCAGGGAUGGAUGUGAGUCACAUGGCCAGGAGAAAGUGCAUGGGUCUCAGAGCUGGGGAAUGUUAGUGUAGUGUCUGCCCAAUCUAGGCAUAUAGCUAGGGUUUACUGAAUUUGGUUUUUUUUUUUAAUAUGGGAUUAUUGGGGUUGGAAAUUCCAGCAACAUUAUGUAUCUAGUGAUACUGGGUCAGUCACUGGAGCUAGGGAGAAGACAAACCAGAGCAUUCGAAUAUAUAAUUUCCUCAGACAUACUGCUGGGGAUCAAUAGUUCAGCAAGACAGCAAAUCCAGCUUAAAUUGACCCUUACCUUCUAUUGCUCCUCUGCCAGUAAAUAUUGUCCUAACUUUUUCAUAACCAGAAACUGUACUUUGGCCAAUCUUGUGGGACACAACUACCCUUGACACUAUUCUUAGUCUCUGCAACAACCAAGUUCAAGACCAGAUUGAGGAACUGUCUCAAAAACAUAAUUCACGGUGAAUUCUUUUAACUUUCUCGCUCUUCCAAACUUCAAGGGGCAUGUUUUCUCCUUAAAAGGUUUUUUCUUUUCUUUUAGUAUGUAUAAUAACAUCUAAAAUAAUUUAUAGUAUUACUCUAACCUCAUUAAUAUAUUUUCACCACAGAUUAAUGAAAGGCCAAUAAACAAAUAUAAGCCAAAAAUACUACUUUACUCUUCUUUCUCAGUGUUUCUCAAUACUUUCUCAAGUAUUUAAUCAAUAAUAUCAGCUAUUUUGGAGUUAUAAUUAAAUAUUACUAUCCUUAAGUUAAAGUAUUGAAUUUGCUUAUUUUGUGUAUCACAAGAAUCUGGUUUCAUUUUCUAGGUGUGCAUUUGUUAUUUAUUUAUGUAUACCUGUGUGUGCUUGGGUAAACUUACGUGCACUGUAUUUGCACAGUUUCGCUGGAAGGCCAGAAGGCACUGGCUUCCCAGGAGCUGUAGUUCUAGGCAAUUGUAUGCUAAAAGGCAUGCGUGCUGGGAAGGGAAUGCAGGUCCUCUGGAAGAGUAGCAAGUGCUCUUAACCACUAAGCCACCUUUCUAGCCCCCUUUUUAGUUAUUAAUCAUCUGUACUCUUUUCAAUUUGAUUGAAGCUACAUCCUCUAUAGUAACAUAUUUAAGACUUUGCUCCUGAAGUAAAAGCAAUAGGCCUACCCCAUAAUUGGUAAACAACAGGCAUACUUGGGAAAAAUUAUCCAUAAAAACAUAACCAACAAGUGUGUAUGGAAAUUCACAUAAGAGCAGACAAUAUUCUUCUUUUUUUAACAUUCUUAGAGGAAAAAUCUACUAUAACUCAGUAGGAACAAUUAGGAUUAGGGGACAUUUGAAUCUCAAUUUCCUCAGCUGCUUUCUGCUAGCUCAGCCCAGGGGUGAUUUCAUUCUAAACAAAGACAACCGGGCUGGAGAGAUGGCUCAGCGGUAAGAGCACCCGACUGCUCUUCCAGAGGUCAUGAGUUCAAUUCCCAGCAACCACAUGGUGGCUCACAACCAUCUGUAAAGAGAUCUGAUACCCUCUUCUGGUGUAUCUGAAGACAGCUACAGUGUAUUUAUAUAUAAUAAAUAAAUAAAUCUUUAAAAAAAACAAAAAAAAAACAAAAAAACAAAGACAACCAAGUACAUAGCUCCCAUGUCACCACUCCACUCCCUGCAGUUGCCAGGUAAGGUGCCAGAUGUUGCCAUCUAUCAGACACUCUGGCUAGGUUUUUAUAAAGGACAAAUUCCAGCUGCCAAAUUAGCAGGUCUACUCCUAUUCAUUCUUCCUGCCAUCUAUCUACUUAGUGCAGAGGUAUAAUGGACAUAUGUAACUGGUUAAGACUGAUGCCUAGGUUACUCUUGGACUAGGUUAUUUUCAUGGGAUAUGAUUUCCACUCUGAAGAGCAAGUCAGAACUGCUGUAGGCUACUAUCUCCUUCCAAUACUCAAUGUAAAGGAAAGAGAUAUAAAACCCACAGGAAAACUCCCAUUCCUUUUCCUUAGAAAUAGUUAUAACUUUAGAACAGAGAUGGCUGAAGUUCUCUACCAAAGUAUUAACUUUAUUUGAAAUGGAGUGUGGGAGAGUUUAAUUCGUGAUUGGUGUUAAAAACAAUGUAGGUGUUUGCAGUGAAAGACAUCAAGUUACUGCUUAUAGCAAUUUGGCUAAAGAAGACAAGAUAGAUAUCAGAGAAGUACUUCUGGAUCAGGGCAAUCUUCCAACUAUUUCUAAAACAAAGUUCAAAUUUAAUUGCAUUAAAGGUAGGACAAUUCAUGUCCAGGGACAGUAAAAAUCACAAAGCAGUCAGCAUACAGUGACAAAGGUUAAAGUAUAGGUGAGGUCAGAGAAGUAAGUGUCUAAAGGAACCCUGCUGAGCCCUCUCUCAUCCUAGGUGAAUAGUUCUUUAUCAACAGCAUUAGUUUAUAUCCGAAAUGAGUUUCCAAAGCUCAUGUUGGAGCUUUACUCCCAGCAAACAGUGUUUAAAAGAAGCACUUUGGGUAAAUGACUAAAUUUUGACAGUUUGCCUCAUCAGUAAUUGAACUGGUGAUUGUAUUUAUAUUUUAAUGGACUAUUGGAAUUUACCAGAAAUUUGAGAUGGAUUUUUCGUGACAUUUAAAUUUCAUUGUCAUUUUCUCUGUAUGCAGAAUCACCUAUGAGACUGAGGCUUUCAUCUGGAUGUCUUCAUGUCUCUGAGGAUGUUUUCAGAAAGGAUUCACAGAGGAGCGAAGACUCCUACAGGAUGUGGGUGGUAUUAAUAGUGUAGGUUGGAAACUCAAGAUGCAACAUAGAAAAAGAGAACACGAGGCAGAUGCUGACAUUCCUGGCUUCUGGUUGGUCAUGAAAUAAACAGCUCUUCUUAGUCACUUGCUCCCACUAGCAUGUUGUUCUUCUGCCUCUAACAUGAGGUUAAAUGACUGGCUAGUCCCCUCUGUGACCAGGACCCAUUUCCUGGCCCACAGCCACCCCCCACUCCGUCCUCUUCCUGCUCCUCUUUCGUCUUCCCUCUCAUACCCCCUUAUUGUCCUCUGCCAAUAAGCCGCCCACAAAACCUGUGAAUGGUGUACUCUGUCUAGGAUUGCACCGCAUAUUCUAACAGAGACCUCUGAAAGUAACAACUACUUCUACCUUCUUCCCUUCUUUCUUCUCUUUCUUUUGUUGAGACAGGAUCUCUGUACAUAGCCCUGGCUAUCCUGGAAGUCAUUAUGUAGACCAGAUUAAGGGAGUGUGCAACAACACCCGGAGCAUAUGCUUCUCUAAGUAUUCUAUCGUGGGUAUUCUGACACAUGCCAUUUCAUUAGAUGAUGAAUGCAUACAUGAUAAAUUUCAGCAAAGAAUUGUUUGCAUUUUCUUCAGGCCAUAAGAACUGUGAGAAAAUUAAAGGGACUAAACUCAUCUACCCAGUAAAGAAAAUUUCAAGGGAUCCCACGAUACAGGCUGUGACAUUGGUUUUUAUCACUUGACUGCCUUCAGUCAUAUUUACAGGGGGAGCAUGAGUAAAAAGCAAAGCAGAGAGAUUGGAAAAACUGGACUUUGUACAGUAUUUUAUACAGUAGCUGUAUAAAAAGCUAUGAAGUAUCAUAUUACUAUCACUGAGAUUAUUAAACAGGUUUCUCUCUUUUCCUCUCCCUUCCCCUUCUCACCCCCAGUCACCAUUCCUCUCUUCUUCCUUUGCUGUCCUGCAGAAAGUAGAUACUUGCAACAUAUUCUCUGAAUGCUACAUGGAGUUCUGCUUCACUACGAGAUCAGAAAUGACCUCAAGUGACAAUGGACUAAUACCCCUCACAGCACAAGAUAAAAUAAUAAACCUUUUCCUCUUUUUACCCAGGAGUUUAGGGAAUGAUAUAGAGAUCUGAUGGAUACAAGUUAGCUACUCUGAAGAGCAAUAACAGGAGCUCUGCACUAAAUCUUUGGUGACCAACCAAACAAGCAAGCACCAAGAAUCAGAGGCAGGAUUAUUUCAUGUCACUCUGAAUACAAAACAAGUCCCAGUAUUAAAGUCAUACAUUAAAAUUUUCAUAACUUUUCUUUAGGUAUUGGUCCUGCCUUGGACAUUCAGAUUAAUUCUGUAUCUUGGCUGCCUCAAUGAAAUAGAAGCGUGAUUCAUUUUCUUCUGUAUCUACAAGAGAUUUUUGUUUAAAAACCCAGACUUACAAGAUGUAAGGCACUUCUUAUGCUAUUUUCCAAAUAGUCAUAUGACUUCAGUUUCUACAAACAUAGUUCAGGGCUUCUCUCAGCUUUCAUAUCCUAUCAACACCUGUUGCUCUGUCCCAAGAAGUAUGAUGUGGUAGCUUAGUUGGGUUUUAUUUAGCCUUUUGGAAAUUAGUGGAGCUGAACAAUUUUUAUAUAUUUUUGUGGAUUCGUUUUGUGUGUUUGUGUGUUCAUUUUGCUUGUGGAUUUUAUUUUGUUCCUGUUCUUUGGUGGUGCCGUCUCUAUGCAGUACAUACCGGCCUCAAACUCAAACCUGAUGCGUGAUCCUUCUGCCUUCACAUCUGAGUACUAGGGCUAUAGGCAUUCAUGACCAUGCUCAAUUGUAUACAUUCUUUUGGAAAGUGUGUGUUCAAGAAUAGAAUCCAUCUUUAUCUUAAAAUGUAAGGAAGUUCUAUUAAGCUGAGCAGUACUUGGACCUUGAUUGUCUUAGUAUUGUUCAUAAAAAUCUCUCAUUUGCAGAUCUUUUAAUUCUUGUGGUAAAGAGAUUUUUCAGUUUGAUGGAAUCCUAUUUACUUUUCUUCUUGAGUGGCCUAUGUUUUGGGACCAUAUUUAAAAUUAUCAGAUCAAUGUGAAGAACCUGUGUGCAUACUUAUGAUUAUAUACCCUUUUUUUUUACCCAUAUGAGUUAAUUUGCACUUCAGAUGUAAGAAGAUUCUAAUUUCUUUUCUUUUUCAGGUGGGGAAAAUAUGCUGCCUAGGCACUAUCUUCAGUUUGCCACCUGUUCUUUCUACACAAUCAACAAUACCCAGACUCCUCCUCUCCUCUAAGGGCUGCUAUCUCUGGUUUCCCAAGAUUCUUUUGCUGGAAUUGGUGCAAGAGUUGAGAGCCUUGAGUCAGAUGUUUUACUGGCAAUUAUUAAUGUACCUAAUGAGAAUAAUCUAAGUCUUCUGACUUUAUUUUUAGGUCAUCUGAAAAGACUCUCAGGUAAAAGGCUGGGUUAAGUGUUUGCAAUGCAUCUGUUGGUUUGCUGAACUCUUCUGAAAUUACUCCAAGGUAGCCUGGAAAAAAAAAGGAAGAAAAACAAAGAAAAAAACAAAAACCCCAAAACAACAAAAAAAAUCUUUCAAAAACCCUGAAAAACCUAUAUGUUUGUCUGUGAUUCCAGAAGUUAAGUAGUAGUAGUAUCAGAAAUUUAGAGCCAGCCUUAGCUUCAGAGUAGAUUCUUGAUAGCCUGUGCUACAUGACACACAGUUUCAGAAGACUAAAAACAAAAACAAAAUAAACACCCAAACUCUAACAAAUGAUGGUAAAAUUAACCAACUAGUGAACAUUUUCAUGAACAAUAUUUUGCUGAACUUCCAUUUCCAUAAGAUGGUUAAACUCCCUACAGGGGAAUUGAAAUUUAGCAUUUGUCUGGUUUUGCCACAUGGCUGGGCCAACCAACCUGGCCAAUUUAGUCUCAACAGUAGUGGAGCUUUUUGGAUUCUUCUAACCCUGGCCAUUUCACAUAACAUUUUAAAAUAAAGUCUUAAUUGUUUCUCUAGGAGCCACUGUACCAAAGUGGAUUCCCAAGUCUACAUAAUGAUGUAAAAAACACCUGAAAGCCCACUUCCUCUGGCCCCAGCUUUGUGACUGUCCCAACAACAGAGUAUAAUUUCAGUUUCUGUUCUUAGCCUUCCAACUGACACAGAGUAAACAAAGGCAUGAUUGUUCUUAUAGCAGCUCUGAUGUUUCAGUUCACAUUGCUUGGCCCAUGUUUCUGGGCCUAUAGUGAGGCAACACAUCUUGGUAGAAGAACAUGGUAAGGCAGAGUUGAUCAUGCAAUGGCAGACAGGUGGCAAAGAGACAACGAUUUUUAUACAGGUGUUUAGAUUGCUAUGGAGAGAAUACUUUGAUCUACAUUAAAACACACAAGCACCAGUGGCUACUGAUGCAUUAUGCGUUUUAUUGUUUUUAAACAUUCUUUUCCUUUGCAUAUAUUAACUAUACACAGGAAGAGAUUUUCUUGAUGACUCAUAUGUACAGACAGCGUCUUUCAUUACAUUCGCCUAUCACUUAUUCUUAACUCUCCUUCGAACCUCGAAACUUUCCUCUUCCAGUUUCAUGUCUUUCUCUCCCCUACUGAAUAAAGAAAGAAAACAUUCCUCUGUGGUGUGUGUGUGUGUGUGUGUGUGUGUGUGUGUGAAUUAUUUUAUAUAGUAUGAUCUCUAGUUUUUUUUCAAAUACCACAAUUUCAUCUUCAUUACAGGUGAAUAAGACUUCAUUGUGUAUCUACAUGUUUUAUUCAUCUGCUGACAAACAUCUUGGCUAAUUCUAUAUUUUUACCUAUUAUGACUAGUACCAUACUAUAUUUUAAAUAUAAAAAGUAAAGCAGCAGAGAAUCAUAUGCUUCUUUUAGUUAAAGAAACUCGCAAGGACCUUUUAUUACUACAGAAAGGAAGAGAUGUCAAAUGGAAGAUAAGUUAAGGAAAAACACAAGGAAGUAAAUAAGCACAUUGUAAUAAAUUUCGAGCCACGUAAUUCAACACUGCUUGUGUCAGUUUCUUAAGAAAAGUAGAUAUUGAAAAACUCUGCGUAUAUGAUUAGGAAUGUAGCUUAGUGAUACAAUCUUUGCUGAUCAUAUGUGAAUCCUUGUCAUGAACUUUCAGUUCUGGAAAAAAAUAAAAUUCUGACUACAAAAAUAUAUGAUGGUAAGACAGGGAGAAAACAAGUUUAACACUGUGUCAAGAGAUGAGGACAUCAGUUGUAAUGGGGUCUGUGUUUAUGAAAACUAAAACAACUUAUUUGCCAAUUGAGUCGUAUUAAUAUGUGGACAACUGUUGACUUGAUAAUAAAUAGCCCAUUAACACUGAAAGUUAUUUUUAUGCAUGUGUGUAUACGUGUUCAAGUGUGCAGGUAUAUAGGCACAUGGAGGCCAGAAAAAACCCUCAAGUGUCAUGCUCAGGAAUGCUGCACCCUCCCCCCCAAACAAGGUGUCCUGUUAAGAUAGACUGGCUGGCCAGCACCAUGCUCAGUAUUUCAUGUGAUUUCUGGGGAUCAAAUUUAGGUUGUCAUGUUUGUGAAGUAAGCACUUUGACUGACUGAAGUUUUACCCAGGUCCUCCCUGGUAUUUGCUUAUUUAGCACAAAAGCUACUACAAUAGAAGCUGUUUUCACCCUAAGACGACACCUACAAUGACAUGCUGUGCAUAGAGAUAAACAGGUCGUAAGAAAAAGAAAGAAGAAAGAAGGAAGGAAGGAAAACUAGGUGGUUUAGGAGUAUUAGUAACAAGCUUUCUGGCUUUCUACAAGGUUGCAGGGAGUGCAAACUAAGUAUCUGGAGUCAAUCCACUUAUCUGUCACCUUCCUGUUUUCUCAAAGCAGUUAAAAAUUCAUUUUAUGUAGUUUAGUUUAAAAGUUUAUUUCCAUUUAUUCAAGAUAAUGAUUGUGAUAGUUACUCUUGGUUGUCAGCUUGACUAAAUCUAGAAUAAACUUUGAUCUAGAAAAGUAGGGCACAUCUGUAAGAAAUAGUCUGCAGGGUUUGAAAUGGGUCAGUGCUUUGAGGUGAACAGCACAACAUUUUGAUCCAGAUCUUGAGGCAGGACAACAUAUCUUUUUUUUUUUUUUUUUUUUUUUGGUUCUUUUUUUCGGAGCUGGGGACCGAACCCAGGGCCUUGCGCUUCCUAGGUAAGCGCUCUACCACUGAGCUAAAUCCCCAGCCCCAGGACAACAUACCUUUAAUCUGGGUCACACCUUCUGCUGGAAGCAGAUAUAAGGACACGAAAGAAGGAAAGUUUUAGUCUUUGCCUGCUUGCCCUCACCUUGCUAGCACAUCUAUUUCUUCGGUGGCACUGAAGCUUUCUUCUUUGAGAUUCUAACAUACAAAAGACCAGCUGAGACACACAGCCUCGUGGGACUGCACAACUAGUAUUCUUGACUUUCUAUUCACACCUGGCCAUUGUUGGGUUACUUGGACUGAAGCCUGUAAGUCAUUCCAAUAAAUUCCCUUUAUAUAUAUUUUCCAAGUAUAUACAUGUUUGUUUGAUAUGUGUGUUCCAUAUAUGUGUUACAUAUUUAUACAUAUAUAUGUGUCUAUACAUUCCCUAAGUUCUGCGACUCCUGAUUAUUAUAAUGAUUAAAUCAUACAUAUGUAUAUAGAGGGGAUUGUAUAUGAAAUAUAAACAAUGAUUUGGUUACUUCAGUUCACCAAGUGUUCAGUUUUUUCUUUACCCCAAACUCCUAAGAUGCUUUUAAAUUCUUUUUAACUUUUUUUUCCUCCCUUUUACCCAUUCCAUUUCAACAUGCUGGUAAACUUUUUGAGAACUGACAACUCAUGAACUACUUGGAAAACUGACAAAGGACGGGGUAGUAUACUAUCUAAUAGGAGUCUACUCAGUAAAGAUAGUAUCGGAGAGUUACACAAGAGGAACAAGGGCUUUCAAUCUUGAACAGCUGCCUGCAACACAAUAUACACAUCCAGUCACAGGGAAAAAGUGACAAGUGAGUUCUGUCAAGUUACUAUUGUCAAGAGGUUUUUCUGUUCAACAGUAUAUACUGCUUACAAUGUAAGAAAUAAUAUCAGGCAAAAGAAAAACUGAAACUAAAAGACAGUAAGUUAUUUUAAAUACUCUAAAUAUAAAUAGCCAUCCAGUCUGGAAAAACAAUCUAGUUUUAAAAAAACAAUUUUGAUAGGUUACAUUUUCUGUUCCCCUCUGCUACUGUCGUCACCUUGCUAGGCUAGAAUUUUGAUUAAUUUUAGGUGAUACUCUUAUUAUGUCACGUUAUACAAAUAUAGAGAAAAGGAUAAGGCAGAUUUAAAUCAUAAUGUCCAGUAAAUUUUGACAAUAUGAUUCUGGAGUUUUGCCUUAGGGCUUUACUAGAUACCCCUUUCUCCAAAAGACUGAUUUCCUGGUUACUACUCAAUCCAUUUACAUCGGAUUCUAGAAAUGAGCCUUCCUAGCAACUGUAGGGAACUAUGACAAAAGUAUCUAGAAAGAACAGGGAACGCUGACUCUUCUGCACCUGAUUAAAGCCUUCAAUGUUUGUCGAUAGGCUGGAAUGUUACAGGUUCAGGGUCAAAUGACAAUUUAUUUUGGGCUAUCAUUAGCGUAAUAAUCAUUAGCAAUCGCCUCUCUAUGUGACCUAACAAUUCAACGGUCAUUGGGUAAUCUUUCGGAAUAGACAAAUUUAUCGCUUCCACCUGUAGAACUGUUAAGAAUGUUGUCAGCUAUCAUUUGAGACCUACAAAUUCUGAGACCUAAGAUCUGAGACUUCCCUGCUCCUUUCACCCGGAUGAUCUCACAUUCCCAUCAAAGUAUUUGGAAAAUAACUUUGGUCUGUUACUAUAACACCUUCAUAAAACUGCUACCAUAUUGGAACAGAACUGGAGGUAACAUAAACCUCCCUUUAGAAUAAACUCUCUGCCUUUUGAAAAAGUACUGGAAUUAAACACGUCUAGUAAUGGCUUUUUCCUACCAGCUCUGCUAACCUAGAUUUCUGAUUCUUCCUUAUAACACACAUCUUUGUAUUUAAACUGGUCAUCAUUUCUGCUCCACUGCUUUUCCACAUUAUAUUCAUCCUACCAGAAAUAUGUUAUUUCUUUGAUUAUUACCUAUGAUAACUACAGAAAUCUACGAACACCAGAGUGCCACCCAAAUCAAAGCACAGAGCUAACAAAACUGACAUUCAAGAGAUGAUCUCUGGACACCCAUCUUUCUUUUCUCCCCUUUUCUUUCUUUUUUAAAAACAAAAACAAAAACGUAAUUUCAAAUAGCCCAGGCUGGCCCUCAACUCUACAGAGCUGAAGGUAUCCUUGAAAGUGCUGGUGUAACAAGUGUACAUCAUCAAGCAUAGAGUUCCCUUUCUUAAGAGUUACCAGAAAACAAACUUUUCGAGUAUACAUCUCUCUCUCACACAGAUUUCUGGACAUUCCCAAGGACAAAAGAAGCACCCAAGAAAGGCAAAGCCUUUUACCCUCCAGUUCCUGUAGGAUAGAUUUCGGUGGUAAACAAACUGACAAAUUUGACUGGGCUAGCUGCCUCUCCACUGAUGAACAGGCUGUAUUUUACAGCUCUCUGCUUAUUGAACUCUGAAGUCCCUUUUAAAACACUCAAAUUAUGUCUGCCCAACUAGGGACAGACACCUCCCACUUGCUAUUGUUUGAAGUUACUGAUUAAAAUGUUUCAACCGCAUUAUCUUUGUUAUCUGCUACCUAAGACUUAAUCUGAGGCUUUUCUCUGUGAUAAAAUGAUUCCAAUGGAGGAUUAUAUUUUAGUUUCAUAUCUCUAUUAUGUCACGAACAUCUUAAUAGUUUUUGAUAGACGAUGUUGAUAUUGCCCACAGCAACACUUAAACCUAAGAAGACUUGUCGUUCUUUACCUUUCUCUCCCCUUCUCUUAUUUUUCCCUUCUUUUGUUUGCAGCCAACGGGGUAGGAAUGAUCUGAGAGACCUCCUUUCCUUGUCUGAAACCUGAACUCCUCUAACUUGCAACAUUUGGGGAGAAAGUUCCAGAAAUGAAGGGAAGGGGCGGGACUUCCGGACCGCGGGAGCUCCUUCGGAUAACUCAGGGGGGUUGGCUGAAGACCGGGAGCAUACCAGGAGCGGAAACAGGCCCGCAGCAGGGGAAACAGGCCGGGGAGCCGAGUGGAAGCCGGAAGAGGGUCGCGCGCAGCGGAAGGUGGGGUGCGGAAAGAAGGGCUCAGAACACGGAAAAAGACAUCAGAGGCAGGGGCUGCAGGCCGGUGUGUGCAUAUAGGGCGGCGGUAAGGCUUCGCCCGAGUGGAAGGCCGCAGAGAUGCCCCCCCGCCCCCGCACCCCAGCCAUGUGGCGUGAUUGGGGAGGAGCGCCUUUCCGGGCGAAUCCCGAGCAGAGGGGGCGCGCGGCUGCGCAGCGGUUCACCGCUCGGGCGCACUGCCCUCUGCCGGCUGUGGACCGCAGUGCAGGCGCCGCGGAGCAGGUGGGCUCGUGAGAUUCUGGAGGUCUCUGGAGGAGCUCUGAGGCGUUACAGAGAAGAAAUGGCAAAAAGUCUCUUGGCUUCAUCUCUGUCUGUAAGAACAAAAAUCUUACAAACAGGAGUGUCACUUUAUAAUACGACUCAUGGCUUCCAUGAGGAAGAAGUGAAGAAGAUACUGGAGCAGUUUCCUGGUGGAUCCAUUGACCUACAGAAGAAGCAGAAUGGUAUUGGCAUUCUGACGCUUAACAACUCAAAUAAAAUGAAUGCUUUCUCAGGUGCCAUGAUGCUACAACUUUUGGAAAGGGUAAUUGAAUUAGAAAAUUGGACAGAAGGGAAAGGCCUCAUUGUUCAUGGAGCGAAAAAUACUUUUUGCUCAGGAUCUGAUCUGAAUGCUGUGAAGGCACUCUCCACUCCAGAGAAUGGAGUGGCCCUGUCUAUGUUCAUGCAAAACACCUUAACAAGAUUUAUGAGACUACCAUUAAUAAGCGUUGCUCUGGUUCAAGGCUGGGCAAUGGGUGGAGGAGCAGAACUUACUACAGCAUGUGAUUUCAGGUUGAUGACUGAGGAAAGUGUGAUCAGAUUUGUCCACAAGGAGAUGGGUAUAGUUCCAAGCUGGGGUGGUGCCAGCCGGCUGGUUGAAAUCAUUGGCAGCAGACAAGCUCUCAAAGUGUUAAGUGGGACAUUCAAACUGGAUUCCAAGGAAGCUUUAAGAAUAGGUUUGGCUGAUGAGGUCUUGCAGCCCUCAGACGAAGCUACGGCUCUGGAACAGGCACAAGAGUGGCUGGAGCAGUUUGUCAGUGGACCUGCACAAGUCAUAAGGGGUUUGAAAAAAUCUGUCUGCUCUGGCCGGGAACUGUAUCUAGAGGAGGCGUUACAGAACGAAAGAGAUGUUUUAGAAACACUGUGGGGUGGACCUGCAAAUUUAGAGGCUAUUGCUAAGAAAGGAAAACACACUAAAUAGUGUUUAAAAUGUGAGUGUACUCCAAGUGAAGCUGCAGGGAGAGCGUGCGUGGAGGUGAGAUGGUAUUAGAAAGGAGCAGCGGAAGUCAUUCGAAGGGGACUGCUAAUCUGCUUACUUGGUUUGGGUGGCAUUCUCUGUAUUUCAAUUCAGUGCUCUUUUCUGUCUUGUUUAACAUUUAACACUUCUGCCAACUUCUACAUUCCUGUAGUAAUUCUUAUCCUGAGCUUAUGUUUUAUAACAUACUUAUUAAACUUAAACUUGCUGUUGUGCCAAGGGUAGUCAUGACUCUCCUGCCACCACCUCCCAAACGCUCAUUAAUACUGCUGUUUGUGGCUCUUUUGUUCUUUCUUAAGUUGAAGUAAUUUACAAAAGCAAAGUCAAGAACAAAUUUAAAAGACCUUAGCAAAUCUUUCAUAUGAAGUUAAAAGGAGGGAGAUUAGAGAGGCAUAUAAGAAAUAUUAGGGUUUUUUGUCUGCUCUAGAUAUUGAGGGGAAAUGGUUCUUCAUUUAAAGAAAAAUAAGGUGCAUCUUUGCCUCUGUUUUUGGAGCUUUUUUUGGUCUUUUCAACCAUCUGACUUCUAAUUUAAAAGACCUAAAGAGUGAAAGCCGUUCUACUGAGCACCAACUGGCUAUACAAAGUAGCAUUGCGUUGGAAUUUUCAAGGUAACAGUAAAACAGUAGUAGUGUUGAUAGGGUUUUUAAAUCUAAACUAUUAAAGAUUCAUGAAGUAUCCUUUUCAUUGUUACCAUAUUUAGUUUUGAGGAAUGUCUAACUUUUUGUGUGACUAUGUUUUAAUAACUAAAUUCAAUAAAAACACAUAACCCAAA